CGUGCUCUUAAAGGCUGUCGGGUUGUUUAAAGUCGGUUCGGGUGGAAGUUUAAAAAAUAAAUACAUUUUAAAUCAUAGGAACCUGCUGGUUCCCAGGUCUACCUGAUGAGUAUGAGCCUGACUACAGAGCCCUCUAACGAUGUUCCCGCUGUUACAGAAGCAGAGCCAGAGAGCAAAAUGACCACCGUCGAGAAGAAGGACAAGAAGCCAGAGGAAGUGGUGGAGGAAGAGGAGGAGGAGGAGGAAGAAUACGUGGUGGAGAGGGUCCUGAAUCGGCGGGUGGUGAAAGGGAGAGUAGAGUAUCUCCUCAAGUGGAAAGGCUUCUCUGAGGAAGACAACACGUGGGAGCCAGAUGACAAUCUGGACUGUCCAGAUCUGAUCGCAGAAUUCCUGCAGUCCCAGAAAUCAGCACACGACGGAAAGAGGAAGGCGGCCGGAGACGCAGAUGGAGACGAAAGUAAAACAAAGAAGAAAAAAGACGACACAGAGAAGCUCCGGGGUUUUGCUCGAGGUCUGGAUCCAGAACGGAUCAUUGGCGCCACAGAUUCCACAGGAGAACUUAUGUUCCUCAUGAAAUGGAAAAACUCAGACGAAGCUGACCUGGUGCUGGCGAAAGAGGCCAACGUGAAGUGUCCGCAGGUGGUCAUCUCCUUCUACGAGGAGAGACUCACUUGGCACUCGUAUCCAACGGAAGACGAGAAAAAAGACGACAAAAACUAA